CAACACCAUGACCGCGUAUAAAGCAACAUCCUUUUCACAUUUUCUCACUUUCCUUUUAGUGGGAACUGCAAGAGACGAAAUUUUAGACUUUCUCCAUGAAACAUGACCUAAUGCUGUCUUUUCCUACAUACCAAUCUCAGUGUCUUUCAUUCUGCAUUGUCCUCUUUUUCUAUCUGGGCCUUUCUUGCAAGUCUUUUGGAGCUUUGAAGCCAAAUCAUCAUUGAAUUCCAGUUCUGAAAAUACAUUUCUUAUAUCUUCUAUGUCCUACUUCUGAGUAAUUAAUUUUUGUGAGAAUCCAUCAAUAUGUGCCUCUGCUGCCUUGGGGACCCUUUGGAUCCUUCCAAUGCAGCUUCAAAAGAGCUUAAUUUUUUUAUUUCGAAGUGGGUUUGUGGAGGGUUGGGUGAUUUUCACAGUAUUGGUCACAGUUGUUAUCAUGUUGUUUUGUUCAUCAAGGGUGCCAUCAAAGAAGAAAAUCACCAAGAAAAACAAGAAAAUGGAAGUGGCAAUCCAGGGAAGAAAGUGGCCCAUUACAAAAGAAACAAGUGUAGACAUCAAGAUAUCUUUGUCAGAGAAGCUGGUUGUCACAAUGAGUUAUGAAGAAGUCUACAGAGCAACCAACGGUUUCAGCCAGGACAAUGUCGUAGGGACGGGCGACACAGGGACGACAUACAAGGCAGCCCUCCCAGAUGGAUUGUUACUUGCUGUCAAGAGGUUCCAUGUUUCGAAUUGUGCUCAGGAUCGAUUUGAAUCUGAGCUGAUGACUCUGGGCAGAUUGUCACACUAAUGUAGUGCCACUACUGGGAUUCAGCAUGGACACUGAGAGAGUCUUGGUCUACAAAUUUAUGUCAAAUGGGAACCUUUUCGAUCUGCUGCAUCGUAUGCAGGUCAAGGACAGGGUCUUGGACUGGCCUUUGAGGGUAAAAAUAGCAGUUGGCCUAGCCAGAGGCUUGGCAUGGCUCCAUUGCAACAGAAAUUUCCAAGUAUGCCACCACAACAUAAGCUCAAAGUGUAUCUUACUUGAUCAGAACUUUGAUCCCAAGAUAUCAAACUUUGGAGGGGCGAGGCUUAUGAACUCAAAUCACAAGGGCUCAAAUGGGAGUUCCUUUCUGAAUGGUGAGGCUCCAGAGCACAAGGAUGUAUACGGUUUCGGUAUUGUGCUUCUUGAGCUGGUUACAGGGGAGGAACCAAGCAAAGUGACUAGUCAACUAGGAGUUUGCUCUUUUGGUUUCUAUGAGGCUAUAGGUAAAUCUCUGAUUGGGCAGGGAUACGAUGGUGAGAUUUUUCAGUUCCUUAGAGUUGCAGGUAGUUGCAUUCGGCCUAUCCAAGAUGGAAGACCAACAAUGCUUGAUGUAUACAAAACAUUAAGGGCUGCAGGGGAGAGACACAGCCAGCUCACAGAUGAUUCUGAUUUUGAUUCUGAUGCAUCAACACAAACGGUAAUUUCUGCUACAAAUACUAGUUAUAGAAACAAACAAAUGGGAGCUGAAAUAACAGAGGAGAUUGAAUGAAGAAGUCAUUUAUAACUGUAUUUUAAAUAUGACGAGUCAUCAUAUGCAUAUUUCUAAAAUUCAAUGACCAAUGAUAGUUUCUUAUGAUCCAUUCUUCUUCAAAAGAGAGUUUCUAUGUAUUUACCUAUGCCAUAAGAUAUAGAAUAAAAGUAAGCAACAGGUGAAAAGGACUUGAGAGAGAAACUUCAACUAACUUUAUACUAUCUCAUUGGAAAAGUAAAGGAAGAGACUAGGAAUGAUUCAAGAACUGAAUUUAUUGAAGCAGUCCAACCCGGGCUGCUUUUCCACUUUCAAUGGCAAAGGGUUGGUGCAAUGGGGUUUUCAGAACACUGCAGGAAGGUGACUGGGGGUCCAAUCCGCCUCUUGCAGUCUUUCUCAAUUACAUAGCGCUCCGAUACUUAGAAUACUACCAUGUUGCAGGCCUAGUUAUAGACCUUGAAAUUUUGGUGUUCAUCCAACAAGAUGACCAAGCUCAUGGGCAGGGAUAAGAAAACCAUUCUUUUGCUUCUUCCUCCUUUUCUCUGCUGUCUACUGAGUACUACUAGCACAAGCUCCAGCAUGGACCAAGAUAAUCUUUCCUGCUUGAGAAGUAUAAAAUCAUCUGUGGAGGACCCUUUUGGGUCCUUGAACACAUGGAAUUUUGAUAACAUUGGAAAUGGUGAUAUCUGUAUGCUUAAGGGAAUUACAUGCUGGUCAUACUAUACCACCAGUGUCCAAAGUAUCAAACUCCAAGGUCUUGGACUCAAGGGCAAAUUCCCUCAAGGCAUCAGAAACUGCACAAGCUUGACGACUUUGGAUCUUUCCAACAACAAUUUCUUUGGACCUAUACCAUCUAACAUCAACCAACUGAUCCCAUAUGUAAAAGACCUAAAUCUCUCCUACAACAAAUUCUCGGGUGAGAUUCCAUCAAGCAUGGUGAGUUGUGUACGCCUGAACCACCUUGUGCUCAACAAAAAUCAGUUAACAGGUCAGAUUCCUCCACAACUUGGUCAGCUUUAUUGGAUAAAGGAUCUUAAUGUUGCCAACAAUCGCUUGUCUGGGCCAGUUCCUACUUUUGUUAGUUAUUCUGCCCUGCCUGAGAGCUAUGCUAAUAAUAAGGGACUAUGUGGGGGACCUCUAAAAGCUUGUGAAGAGCAAGGGAAAGCUAAAGAUUCAUUCAAAAGCGGGUUUGCAGUUGGUUGGGCGGUCUCUGCUGUUUCAGUUACUGCAGUUUUUAUGUUCGUCUGUAUGCCCGGGGAACAUUUAAUCAAGAUGCUAGUGACAAGAGGGACAAACAAGAGAAGAGAAGCCCAUCAAGUGAUGUUGGUCACAAGGAGGAAAAUGAAGAAAAAGGAACCUCAUCAAAUGAGAAUAUUGCCAAUCAUAAAGAUUUCUAUGAUGGAGAAAUUCGCUACCAGAAUGCCUUUGACAGAUCUCGCUGCUGCAACGAACAAUUUCAGUGCAGAGAACAUCAUUGGGUUUGGAAAGACAGGAACUAUGUACAAAGCAGCAGUCAUGAACGGCUGUUUGCCAGCUGUUAAGAGGUUCCUGGACUCCCAGCAAUUUGAGAAGCAGUUUAUAUAUGAGAUACUAAUCCUAGGGAGACUAACUCAUCCCAACUUGGUACCCUUAUUGGGAUUCUGCAUCGAGAGGAAUGAGAAGCUUUUGGUGUAUGAACAUAUGAGAAAUGGGAACCUUUAUCAAUGGUUACACCCCCACAAAGCCAAGGCCAAGAUCUUGGAAUGGCCUUUGAGGGGUAGAAUUGGAGUUGGGCUAGCUAGAGGUUUGGCAUGGUUCCACCACAACUCUAUGUUCUUGGUAGGUCAUGGCAAUAUUAACUCAAAAUGCAUCUUACUAGAUCAGAAUUUUGAGCCCCAAAUUUCGAAUUUUGGAAGGGCAACACUCAUGAAGCCAAGCAUCACUGAUUCUACUAGGCGUUUAUUUGUGGGUUGUGCAGAUACUGAGAAUAAGUGUCUGCAAUGCACUCUAAAGAAAGAUGUCUACAGCUUUGGAAUUGUGCUCCUUGAGAUGGUCACAGGGAAGAAACCUAACAAAGUUUCAGAUGCUUCUCAAAGGUUUGAUGGGACUUUAGUUGAUUGGAUCAACCAUCUUUUGACUACUUCUGGCCCCUAUGAUGCCAUUGAUAAAUCUUUAAUCGGACAAGGAUUUGAUUUUGAGAUCUUUGAGUUCCUUAAAGUUGCAUGUAGUUGCGUCAAGGCCUCUCCCCAUCAAAGGCCAACAAUGCUUGAAGUUGAUAAAAUUCUGAGAAAUACUGUAGGAAGACACCAAACUGGUGAUGAUUCUAAGCCAUGGACACAAAAUGAAUGUGGGACCUCUAACGAUAGAGAUGAGUAUACAGGGGUUGAAAUAAUGGAGGAAUGCAUUGAGAUUGUGCAAGUAGACAACUCAUUUAUGACGUGGGUACCUUUGUAGUUGUUGAAUUUAUUCUGUUUUUCCUCUCCCAAUUUUCGGUUUUUUCUACUUCUUUGAUGUAACUCAUAUUUGUAGCGUGUAAUUGGGUUGCUCCCUUUUGGCAUUUUUCUCAUACAUUUGCCUUUUGCCUAUCCAAUGAAGUGGGUUUUCAUGUGGGGAUCUUACUAUAUAUGACUUAGAUUGAUGGUCACAUUCUUUACAGCCAAAACUAGUGUUUCAAGGCUCUUCCCAAAUCAAAUCUUGUGAAGAAACCGAGCCACCGGUGGUCCAAUCACGACCUGGCAUCUUUUCUUCCAGGAACAGCUAACUGCUGGUAAAAUUUUCUGAGUCUCCAUCUCCAUCUCCAUCAAAUCUUAAAAUGAACCAACCUACCUUUUUCUCAGUUUUCAACAUCCUUGUAUUGCAGCUCAUGUCAUGGUUGAAAGUAUUCUAGAUGCAUUUGAAUUAUCAAUAGGCCUUUCCUUGUUCAUAUGUGAUACAGCAGUUUGCGGUCAUCUCAUUGACACGUAUUGGAAGAAUUAGAAGAAAGAAAGAUCAAACUUAGAAUAGUUCUCAACCUUGAAUUUGUUUGUGAUUGGAGAGAGAGGUCACACUCUUCAAGCAUCUUUUAUACUUUUCUGGGUACUUCUCCUUCUCAUUUAUAAUUAGGGGAAGUUCUGGCCCCAAAUGAGCACACUGACAAAAGGGGAGAGUGGAGAGAAGUUGAGCUCGAGAUCGGAUAUAUAGAAAUCAAUGGAAGUGAGCAACAAACGGGUGAUAUACAGAGACGACAUCACUGUUUUUCUUAAGGAACCCGACUUGGUACCAUAAGUUUGAAGGUGCCAGAGGAAUCGAAUGGGGUUAUGGUAAAGAAUCUUAUGGACUAACAUUUUUCACAUGUUCCCACUAUAUUGUAGCUUGACCGGUUUUUAUUAGAAAAGACUUGAAAUUACCAACUAUUUUUGUUUUUGAAUAUGCCAACCCAGUACUAGACUGAAAUUUACAUCAAAUCAAUAAGGUUGUACUGAGAUACAGUGCAAUGAUUUCGUGAUUUUUACUAA